GUCCCAAUCUGAAUUUCCGGUGUUCAGUUCUACAUCGCUUCUGACUCGCAAUUUGGUUUCUUAGGUGCAGGGAAUAUUCUCCUAUGCCCCAGUAUCAGUACACAUUCCUACCUCAAUGAUUGGAUUGAGAUAUUUAUUUAUGAUGAUCACAUCUGCACCUGUUUCCUUCAAGGGGAUAUUAAAGCUGCUGCCUUUUCUUGGACACUGAAGGAGGAGUAUGAUCAGGCUUUGGGUGGUGGCCACAUGGCUGAUUGUCUGCGCGGCGGCGCACCCCGGUGAGCAGCCGCUGUCGAGGAUCGCUGUCGAGAGGACGGUCCUUGCCGUCAACGAAUCGGCGCAUGUCAAGGCAUCGCCUUGGGUUCUUGGACUGAAGGGUCAGAACAGUGAAUGGGUAGAGGUAGAGUUCUUCCAUCCAAGCCCCUCCAAUGACGACUGGAUUGGAGUGUUUUCUCCAGCUAAUUUUAGUGCUGCAAUCUGUGAGCCUGAAAACAAGAGGCAGCGUCCCCCGGUGCUAUGCACGGCACCUAUCAAGUACCAAUUUGCAAACUUCAAUAAUGAUGGCUAUAAUAAGUCUGGGAAGGGCUACCUGAAGCUUCAGUUGAUCAACCAGAGGGAAGAUUUCUCAUUUGCACUCUUUUCAGGUGGCCUAUUGAAGGUAAAACAAAAAUGGCUUCUGCUGAACUUUUGUAUACAACACCUGAAGCCGAAGCUAAUUGCAGUCUCAAACAAGGUCGCAUUUGCAAAUCCAAAGGCGCCUGUUUACCCACGUUUGGCACAAGGGAAGUCUUGGAAUGAAAUGACAGUCACCUGGACAAGUGGAUACGAUAUUAAAGAAGCUGUUCCUUUUGUCGAAUGGGGUGCGAAAGGAGGCCGUAGUUUUCUUUCUCCAGCUGGAACAUUGACAUUCGACAGGAAUAGCAUGUGUGGUGCACCGGCACGAACUGUUGGAUGGCGCCAUCCUGGUUACAUUCAUACAAGUUACUUAAAAGAUCUGUGGCCAGAUUCACUGUAUACCUACAGACUAGGUCAUAGGCUACCAAACAGUACACUUAUCUGGAGCAAGUCAUACAGCUUCAAAGCAUCACCUUAUCCUGGACAAGAUUCUUUGCAGCGAGUAGUCAUAUUCGGAGACAUGGGAAAGGCAGAGGCAGAUGGUUCAAAUGAGUUCAAUGACUUCCAGCCAGGUUCACUGAACACUACUUACCAGAUCAUCAGAGACCUGGAAAACAUUGACAUGGUUGUCCACAUUGGGGAUAUUUGCUACGCAAAUGGUUACUUGUCGCAGUGGGAUCAGUUCACUGCACAGAUCGAACCGAUUGCUUCGACUGUGCCAUACAUGAUUGGCAGUGGUAAUCAUGAGAGGGAUUGGCCUGGAACUGGUUCUUUCUACGGAAACCUUGAUUCCGGAGGAGAAUGUGGUGUUCCUGCUCAAACUGUAUUCUACACUCCUGCCGAGAACCGUGCGAAAUUCUGGUAUGCGACAGACUACGGCAUGUUCAGGUUCUGCAUUGCCCAUACAGAAGAGGACUGGAGGCCAGGGACCGAGCAGUACAAGUUCAUCGAGCAAUGCCUAUCAUCUGUCGACAGGCAGAAGCAGCCAUGGCUCAUAUUCCUUGCUCACCGCGUUCUUGGGUACUCAUCCUGCUCCUACUAUGAAGAACAGGGUACAUUUGGGGAGCCGAUGGGGCGAGACACAAUAGAGGAGCUAUUACAAAAGUACAGAGUUGAUCUUGCCUUCUAUGGUCAUGUUCACAGCUAUGAAAGAACAUGUCCAGUUUAUCAGGGUCAGUGUGUCGUUAACGCUUCGGAUCACUACAACGGCCCAUUCAAAGCGACGACGCAUGUGGUCGUUGGAGGUGGUGGUGCCAGCCUUUCAGAAUUCACCACUUCAAAGAUCAAAUGGAGUCACUACACAGACUUUGACUUCGGCUUCGUGAAGCUCACGGCUUUCAAUCAUUCAUCCAUGCUAUUCGAGUACAAGAAGAGCCGCGACGGCAAUGUGUAUGAUCAUUUCACAAUCUCACGCGAUUACCGGGACAUCCUGGCCUGCUCAGUUGACAAUUGUCCUCGGACCACACUGGCUACCUAAAGCAUGAACGGCUCUAGAUGGGUGAGAAUUGAGAUUGGUUUGAUGUGGCCUCUUAGAGAACUGUAGUUGCUGCACAUUAGUUCUUUUUGGGACUGUACCAAUAAAUCUAAUAAGCACAGAAUUUUCUUGGCUGUGUAUUUUGUUUUGUUGUAGCAGUAGAUGAAAUUCUGAAUGGUUUUUGCUCUAACCUGGACACCUGAUGAUGAAUAGGUUCAGAAUGUCAGCCAGUUGCAGUGAUUUACAAAAGUUCAGGGCUUGGCUGAGUAAAACUGAGAUAAGGAAACGAGUGAAAUUAA